CUCAGUUGGUAGCGCGUCGACCUCGGAAGGCAAAAGGUCUGCAGUUCGAUCCCCCCGCCUCGGCAUCAGGUGUGUCCCUGAGUCCCUUCGCGCUAGCUCCCCGAGCGCCGCUCAUGUGGCAGCUCACUGCUCCCCCAAGGGGGAUGGGUCAAAUGCAGAGAAUGAAUUUCCCCACUGUGGGACUAUUAAGCGUUAAUUUCUUCUUCUUCUUCUUCAUUAAGUGCUGACAUCUAAUGUUGUGUUUGACUGACCGAUUGUUUAUGGCCUGUGUUUGCCUUUUACCCCUGGUCUCUGGCUCCUUUCUAUCUGAUGCCUCACCAGACCCAAGGCUGAAGACCUUGUGUAUUCCCUGUGUAACGUAAACAUCUUCACCCACAGUAUGAUAGGGAGAUUCCACCAGGUCCCGGGAGAAGGGUUAAAAGGCAGAGACAACCUCAGAACGGUGUGAUUUUUGCAUUAUACCUCUGUGGUGUAUGUUCAGAUCUCCCCAGCUGGCUUUUUGAUUUGCUUUCCUCAUUAUUUGUUAUUUCCUUUAUUAUUUUAAUAAAUCACACAAAAGGACCACUCUCUCUUAUCUGCCUUUAUUGCAAAAUUUCCACCACAGAAAUUGGCGUCCACGAACAGGAUCCCGCGGCAGGUCGUCUGGACGGCGUGAUCAGGGACGGCGGUCCUGAGGACUAGGUUCGCUCAGCCUCCAAACCUCUACAGCUGUUCAGAGUGGGAGGACUGCUCACCCGUCUGGAUCGCCUCUGACGAGAUCCAACGAACUCAAAAUCCAUCCUCUACUCGGCCCGGUGAGAGCGAUUCCGUUUUGUUGCGACUGAAAUUGGUUUCAGGUAUUCGGGUCUUGGAGGGGCCUGACGGUGAGGGAGCACUUCCGAGAACCCUGUCACUGAUCUGAGCGGUUCCCUUUCUACGGAGACGUCCGUGGAAGAGAAAUUUCGAAAAAAGGUUCCGGCCGGAACACAAAAAAGUCUAAGGCAGGAAACCGCCGGACUCUGAAAGAUGGGUUCGGGGCGAUCUAAGUCUCCACCACCAGACUGCAGCAUUACAAAAUUAAUGAGACGUAAAUAUGGUGAUGAGUGCGUGUCAUUUCUUCACGACUGGACAAAACAUUAUGGGUUUCAAGAAGGUGGUUCACUCAGUGUGAAGGACAUACGCGCUUUAAAAGAAAAAUUAGAAGAAAAGGAGAAACAGCUUCGUAAAAGUAGAACGAUCAAAGUUAAAACUUUAGAGGAAAUUGAAUUAAACAACAGAUGCCUUGAAAUUUAGGUUAAAGAAAUUAGCUUGCCCAUGGUGGAAGUGGCCGGCCCUGAAGGAUGCAUGUUAGUGCACAGACCAUGGACUAGCGCUGACAUAGCUGACUUUGCUCACACUCUUCCAGACAUCACUGUAUCAGGAAAGACAUUCGGUGCCAACCUUCAGGCUUUCUGCCAGGAGUACAGACCCACUGGAGCUGAGAUUCGUCGCAUCCUGGCCAAACGCCUUGCACCUUGUGAAUACCAAAAGCUGGCUAGACAAUUGCCUGAUGUGACACUUGCUCUCAAACACAAAGACUGGACAAGCAACUUAAAUGAUGGAUUCGUUGCCGCAGUGAGGACGCUUGUUGCCCACCUCGAAACUGCGUUCCCUGAUAAAGUCUGUAUGAUUAAAGUCACUACGUGCAAACAACAACCAGAGGAAUCAGUUGAUGACUUUGUUCACCGCCUCACCACCGCAUACAAUACACACGGAGGAGCUCACCCUCCCCCUGAAGGAGUGGGAGGACUCAUCUGUUCAACAUACGAGAGUCACCUGUGUGAACUGGUGAUGAAAGGCUUACUCCCUGAAGUUUUUGACGCCGUGAAGCAGUCAUACAUCGGAUGGAAAGAAGAAGCGCGUCUGUCUGACCUCACAAGACACGCAUGCCAUGCUUAUGACACUCUCCAGCAGAAGAAGAUGGCGAAGAAGGAAAAACAACAGAGCGAACUGUAUCUGCCAUCCUUGGAGAUGUUCUCUGCAAUGCAUAACAACAACAGAGGAGCAGGCAGGUAUCGCGGGCGAGGACGAGGAAGAGACUUCAGACGGAAUUGGCACAACAGAGUCACAGGAGGCGCAUCUGGAGAUCCAGGAAACGCUUGCCACAUCUGCGGCGAGAUGGGACACUGGAAGAAGCACUGCCCCCGGCUACGUCAGGUUCCACCCUCCCGGGCACUCUCGUCAGACUGACUAGAGGAGGAGCCCAGCGAAGGUUUCCGUUCACAUGAUGACGUAGACGGUGAAAGCGGCUCUGCCCAAACAGGCGACAGAACCACUGCACAUCAUUCAACCAGGAGACUGGGUGAUCAUUAAGGAGCUUCGCAGGAAGCACUGGAACAAACGGUGGCGAGGUCCCUUCCAAGUCCUUCUGACGACCAACACGGCUGUGAAGAUCGCAGAAAGAGCCACUUGGAUCCACUCCAGCCACUGCAGGAAGGUCCCGGAUCCAACAGACGACCCUCCAUCUACACCACAUGAGAAAACCAUCACUGACGAAAAGAACUGAGAAGGACGAUCCUCGCUGUGCUCACACACGCACUGAGGCAAGGCUGCGUUGACCGUUCAGCUAAAGGUGUGAGCCAAGCGCCGCCUGAAGCUGCGCCAGUGAAUCACACUACCAGACCAUACAUCUACACACACGCUCCUGAGAAAACACACACACACGAGCAGCCUUGAGUUGCCGACGCUGGACGACGUGUAGACUCUUCACAUCACGGGAGUGACAGUGACUCAGACGACAUUGGGAGGAAACCUGGCGGUGAUAACGAAUCCCAAGUGUCUCUGUGAUCAGCUGAUCACAACCUGAAGAACCCCAAA